AUGGAUGUACUUUUAUUGAUGUUACUACAGUAUUCGAGAACAUUCGCAUGUAUUCCAACUUUUAACGACGAGAAUGAGGUUGUUGUAAACAGAUCGAAUCAACAGGGGCAGAUAGUCCUAGAACUAUCGCCAACAUCUAGUGAUGUGACGUCAGUACGCGGUGCAACCAGUUCUGUUCCCGGUUCAGUGAUUACUAUUUUAUCCGACACUACGGAUUCCGACAUUACAGCUGUUACUGCCAUCAGUCCGAUCAAGAAUCCUGCAACUAUAACUGUCAUCAUCGUCGGUUCAACAACAGCACCUUCUGCCGUUUCCACAGCAGUUUCGACUACUGUAAUCAGUACAAGUACCGUAACGAUGAUGAUGCCUGGAUCAACAACUGUUGGCAUCGUUACAACAACAACGACUACCACAGCUACGAGAGUACCUACCGUAACAACAAGUACCACAGUAACCGCAGCACCCACUACAACUACAACCACGACUCCACCAGCCAGAACGACAACUACGACUACGACGACAACGACGUACCCUCCUGCUCCACCCGGCGCAGCGGCUCUGGCAAAUCCAGUGGGAUGA